AUGUAUACAGUACGUUACAAAAAGGCACUACCAAUUUUGCCAUUUCCAGACGUAGACUGCACUAAUGCCGACAAAGGAACUAUUUAUUUCAUCAAAUUUUAUGCAAAUUUUAUCGUGUAUAAAUUUGGUUAUGAGAUGUAUAUGAUUUUCGUCCUUCUCUCAGCAGUAGUAGCUUCAAACAUCAUUUCUUUGCUGUCAAUAAUAAGCUUGGUAAUCUGCUUGUUAAUGGAUCGAUGGCGUGUUCGACGUAUAUUCUUGAUUUUUGUCUGCUAUCAUUUGUUUGUUCUCUUUUACUCUUUGCUCGCAUAUAUUGGUCCUGUACCUGGGAAAUGUUAUUACGAAAUACCUAUACAUCCAUAUUUUGCUCCCUAUUUUGCUUUCAUUAAUAAUGGACAGUAUCCAGUUAGUUCGCAACGGAAAUCAUCAUAUGCGAUUUACUGUUACUUUCUCAACGUUGGUGUCUCCAUCAUGCAAUAUUAUAAUUUCAAAAUCGAGCGUGUGGAAGGAGAUGGCGCUAGUGGCGGAUCGAAUGAUGGCAUUCUGCUAGCGCUUCAUCGAAAUGAGUCUCUUGAAUGUAAUCCUGCGCCUUAUUUCUUCUCUGCUCACGUCAAAGUAUUGGAUGAAUUGAAGCAAUGUGUAUGCUCGUAUUAUCACUGGGUUGUAUUGUUGCUCGUGCUAUCAGAUGGAAUACGUCUUUCAUCGCCAGUCUUUUUAUCAGCGGUUCUUAUUAUCCUUGCAUUUAUCAAUCUUUGGCGUGGUGCUGAUCUUUACCUCUCACAUCCAUCUGUUUUUAUCCGAAAAUGGCGUCUGAUAACAAUUUAUCUUCUUGCUGCAGUUUUCCUACGUAUUGCAGCGCUGGUCGGUGAUGGAUUAAUAGGACAUUUUUUAAUAUAUGACAAAACAAAUCAUUCAAUCAGCUAUGCGUCAUUUCAUGUGAUGUUAUCUUAUUUUUCAAAUUCUUCCGAAGACAAUACCACACCAUAUGGAGAAUUAAGCAUAAAUAGUUUUCUCUUCGAUGUGCUGACCUUCGCAGCGCUUCUAUUCCAACUUCGUCUGAUCAGUAGUUGGCACUUUCAACGAACCGUCAUUGAUACACGAGCUGAUCGAAUUGUAUGUUACAGAGGUGUUGUCCUUCAAACUCAGUUAAUUUACAAAGCAAUGACCUACCAUCAACAACGAGAUUAUCGUCGCUUGGAGAAAAUCAAACGUACUGUGGGAGCGAUGACGAAUCUCAAUCUAUCUUUUGGAGAGUGGUUUAUUGAGUGUGAGUUUUACCCCAAACACUGUCUAGCUACUGUCAUUGUUAGCACAUUUGUACAGGCGGAAUGGACAAAUUCGGAGGGAUAUAAUGAUCUUAAAAUUGGUAUAUUUUCGGAUUUUUCAGCAAUACGUGGAUGGAACGAGAAUUUAUUGCAUACGGUGGAUUCAGCAACAGAAAAUGUAGAGGAAACAACGUUUAGUAGUUAUUCGUAA